UUUCAGGAAGUUAUCAACUGUCUCUCCACUCCUCGCUGUACUGGAGGGCUAAUAUUAAUGUGGUCGUUUCGCUCCAUUUUGAUGAUUACAGCCAGUUUAAUGAAACCAAGUAACUUGUGUCCAGAUUUGAAAUACAACGAUUUGAAACGAUACCUUCGAGGUAGGCGAAUAGAAAAAGUAACAGAAAACAAUUCAAUCCUUUUCCUUGAAAUUAGGGCCCAGCAAAGACCACGGUAACUGCAAAGAGAACGCGAGGUCAAAAACACAAUAGGUUUAGAUUAGAGACACAACAACUUUUUUGUGAUGCACGACUACGCAGUAAAACUCCAUACUUUGAAUUUGUUGGUGUUACGUUUCCUUUUUUCUGUGUAACAUGGUUAUAAGAGCUUUGACUGUAUUUGCACACUGUUUGCACUGGGUAACUGUUAGGUUUAGGACAUGUAACAUCAACUAUUGUUUCUCUAUUUAGGGGAUUCAGCGCCCUGUGAAAACAAUGCAAAAGUAUAUCUCGAUGAUUGUAACCGGUGGUGCACUUGCUAUAAAGAAGAACUUCUUCUUUGUCAUCGCAUUAGAAAAGACUUCAAAACUAUGAAUUUUAAAGAAAGAUACCGAUUUGUUCGAGGCUUAAGAACAGCAGCAACGAACCCAAUUUAUAAAGAGGAGUAUAGAAGACUAUGUAAGCUUCAUUCGCGGAUCCCAAGCACGUUCCUUCAUCACAUGCCUCAGAUAUUUUUGCCAUGGCACAGAUGGUAUCUGCUUGAAUUUGAAAACUUCCUUCGCCAAAUCGACUGCCGGAUAACAAUUCCUUACUUGGACUGGAGCAAGGAUUUGGAUAACUGGGCCCGUGGGACAAAGAAGAGUGACGUUUGGAGUCCUAUGCCUCACGGCUUUGGAGGUGACGGUCAGUUGCCUGAUGGUUGUGUCACGGAUGGGCCAUUCAAAGAAGGGAUCUUCUAUAUACCAGAAACGAUCGGCUACGGAUGUUUGAAAAGAAAUUUCAAUCGCUCAUGCUUUCUUCCAAGCAAAGACCAAAUCGAAAACGCUAUAAAAAAUUCCAAUUUUACUGUGUUUGAAAAGUUCAUUCGCGAUAAGAUUCAUCCUUCUUUUCAUGAUUGUGUAGGCGGUCACAUGUUGAAGCACCACUCAGCUUCGUUCACCCCCGAGUUCUGGAUCCAUCAUAGCUUCGUCGAUAAACUCUGGACAGCUUGGCAGAGAAAAAAUUAUAAGCAAAAGUUUGAAUAUUUUACUAGCAUUUCCUUCGAGAUGCCACUAACAGAGCGAUACCCAUGGGAACUGCUUGACAACGAUGGCUUACCUGGUGACGUCAGAGUUGGCUAUGAAUAG